AUGUCCUCUACGGAGGCCCAACCCGCUGUUACCAAGAAGUUCGGCUCCGGUGAGCGAACGGUGCCGCAUCACUCGCAGAAGGCCUCGAAAUGGUAUCCCGCCUACGACGAGCCACAACGUAAGAAGGCUCGCAAGACUCUGCACCCAUCCAAACCCCGAGCCGCUCUACAACCGGGCGCCGUCCUCAUCCUCCUCGCUGGCCGAUUCCGCGGCAAGCGAGUCAUCCUCCUCAAGCACCUCAAGGAAGGCGCCCUGCUGGUGACCGGACCGUUCAAGAUCAACGGCGUGCCCCUCCGACGGGUGAACUCGAGAUACGUGAUUGCCACGUCCACGAAAGUCGACAUCGGCGGUCUUGACCAGAAGACGGUGGACAAGGUCGCCAGCCCCGAAUACUUUGCCCGGGACAAGAAGAGCCGGAAGCAGAAGGGCGAGGACGCUUUUAUGAAGCAGGGAGAGAAGCCAGAGAAGAAAGCCCCGGCAUCCGAACGCGCAGCCGACCAGAAGAGCAUCGACAAGCCUUUACUUUCCGCGAUCAAGAACGAAGAGUUCCUCGCCAGCUACUUGAAGUCCAGCUUCAGCCUGAGAAGUGGCCAGAAGCCCCACGAGAUGGCCUUCUAG